GCAAAGCUCUCGUACAGCAGCCCAGAUCACAUCUGCUCAGUAGUGCCAAUUACAAGUCAAUGUAGAGGUGACAUGUUAACUGCAAGGAGCCCGUGAUCCACUAACUCGGAUUCUGAACUGAAUUCUGGAAUGGUGACUGCAUUCGCUUCCUGGACAAUCUGGCAAUAAAUCCGCCGCAGCACGCUCCCGCCUCCCAGGUUUACAGCUUCUGAAGUUAAAGUGGAGCUUGACAUUUGAAAAUAUAUGCAGCAUGGAACAAAAAACAAAGUCCUUGAAGUUUUUUCUUCAGUCCUUCCUGUUUCUGGCCCUUCAUCAUUUUAUUGGAGCACAACAUGAAGAUAUGAGAUCAAGCUGCAGAACUGCUCCUAGUGAUCUAGUUUUUAUAUUAGAUGGCUCUUGGAGUGUUGGGGAUACAAAUUUUGAAAUAAUUAAAAGAUGGCUUGUCAAUAUUACUACUAACUUUAAUAUUGGCCAAACAUUUACACAAGUUGGGGUUGUUCAAUACAGCGAUAACCCUCUCUUGGAAAUCCCAUUUGGAAAAUAUGCUUCAAGCGAAGAACUUAUAAAAGCCAUGGAAUCAAUACAAUACAUGGGGGGAAAUACCCGGACUGGCAUAGCGAUAAAAUUUGCCCAGGAAAAUAUGUUUGCUCCCUCUGCCAGAGCUAAUAAUGGUGUAACAAAAAUAGCAGUCGUACUGACUGAUGGAAAAUCCCAGGAUGAAGUCAAACAUGCUGCAGAGGAAGCAAGGAAGAACGGAAUCACUUUGUUUGCAAUUGGAGUUGGAUCAGAAACAGAGGAAGCCGAACUUAAAGCAAUUGCUAACAAGCCUUCGUCCACGUAUGUGUUUUAUGUCGACGACUACUUAGUGAUUUCCAAAAUCAGAGAACUGAUGAGGCAGAAGCUCUGUGAAGAAACGGUUUGUCCAACAAGAAUCCCAGUAGCAGCUCGUGAUGAAAAGGGCUUUGAUAUUCUACUUGGUGUAGACAUUGCCAAAAAAGCGAAAAUAACUCAAGGAUCUUACUUCGGUAGUAAAGCCUAUCUGAUGACAUCUCAGGUUGACUUAACUGAAAGCACAAGGAACAUAUUCCCAGAUGGUCUACCUCCAUCUUAUGUCUUUGUCUCCACAAUGAAGUUUAAAGGAUCAGUAACUCGGGAGAAGUGGGACCUUUGGAGGAUUCAAGCUCUUGAUGGGACUCCCCAGAUUGCUGUUACAUUUAAUGGACAAGAUAAGACAGUAACAUUUACUACAACAAGCAUGGGGAAUGGCACACAGAAAGUGACCUUUACAUCGGCUGGAUUAAAGAAACUGUUUGAUGAAAACUGGCAUCAGAUAAGGCUCCUAGUAUCGGAGGAGGAGGUUACACUGUACGUUGAUAACCAGCAGAUAGAAAUUCUGGAACUGAGUCCUGUUCUUGGUAUCUACAUCAAUGGAAAAACACAAAUAGGAAAGUACUUCAGCAAAGAAGAAACUGUACCAUUUGAGCUGCAGAAGCUAAGAAUCUACUGUGACCCAGAGCAAAAUAAUCGUGAAACCGCAUGUGAAAUCCCUGGAAUUGAUGGUGAGUGUGUAAAUGGUCCUGGUGAUACUGCUAUUGAGCGAAGUCCCGCUCCUUGCACAUGCCCUCGAGGACCACCUGGACUACCAGGUUUGAUGGGAGCACGUGGCCCGACUGGAGAUCCAGGUGAUUCUGGAAGGCCUGGUACAGAUGGUAAGCCUGGUAUCCCGGGACUUCCUGGAAAUCCAGGACUUCAAGGCUCACCGGGUAUUCAGGGACCACGUGGGAUGAUGGGAUACAAAGGAGAGCCCGGGAGUCCUGGUGAUUCGGGUGAACGAGGAGUCCCUGGAUUGCCUGGUUCACCUGCACCACAAGGAGAAAAGGGCUCUCAAGGUCCUAAAGGGGAAGACGGACUACCUGGGAUUGAUGGGAAAAUUGGUGAAAAAGGAGACAAAGGAUCUAGAUGUCCUAUUGACCUGGGACCACCUGGACCUCCAUACAAUGGACAUCCAGGUCUUAAUGGACGAAAUGGUAUUGAUGGAAUUGAUGGUCAAAAGGGAGAAACUGGACAGCCUGGUAUUCCUGGCAUAGAUGGAAUUCAGGGGCAACCUGGGAUCCCUGGACAUCCAGGAAAUGAGGGUCCCCCGGGGAUUAAGGGUGAUACAGGUUUACAAGGUGAAAGGGGGCCAAAGGGUUCCACUGGAAUUUCUGGUGAGAUGGGGUUACCUGGCAUGCCUGGUUCAUCUGGAAUUCCUGGACUUAAGGGCAGUAAAGGUGGGACUGGAUUACCAGGCAUGCCCGGACUUCCAGGGACAGAGGGAAAGCCAGGUGAACCAGGAAUGGGUGGCCAACCAGGACAUCUGGGUUUGCCUGGGAUUAAAGGACACAAGGGUGACAAGGGCAAUCAAGGCGAAAGAGGAAUCCAGGGCUUUAUGGGAGAAAAGGGAGAGCCAGGAAGACCAGGAAAUCAGGGUGUAGCUGGAACACCAGGAUUAAAAGGAGUGAAAGGUGAACAUGGAGAACCUGGCAUAAGAGGCCAACAUGGCCAUAGAGGAGAACAUGGUCUGCCCGGCAUGGUCGGUCCUUCAGGUCCAAGGGGAUUAAAUGGAGCUAUGGGACCUUCUGGACCACCAGGAAUAGACGGCAGACCUGGAAGAGAGGUUUCAGAAGAGUUCAUUCGACAGAUUUGCUUGGAUGUCCUAAGCACUCAGUUGCCCUCCUUCUUACAUAAUGGAGGGACUAGAAACUGUGAUAUUUGUCAAACACGAAAAGGUUCAGCUGGGCCACCAGGACCUAUCGGCCCCCAGGGUUCCAGAGGAUUUCCUGGCUUACCUGGUUCAAAUGGCUUACCAGGGCGUAGGGGUUCACAUGGUCUUCCUGGUAUCCCUGGCAUUAAAGGAGAUGCUGGUGAAAUCGGGCCAAAAGGAAACAUGGGCAUAGGAAAACCUGGUGAACCGGGCAAUCCAGGUUUACCAGGUCCAAUUGGUCCACCUGGAAUUAGCAAAGAAGGCUAUCCAGGAAAGCCUGGUCCCAUAGGACACAAUGGGGACCAAGGGAAGCCUGGAAUACCGGGGGCCCCUGGGGAGCCUGGAAUGUGUGACCCAUCUUUGUGUUAUAGCGUAAUGAUGGGAAGGGAUCCCUUCAGGAAAGGGCCAAAUUACUGAUCUUCUGACACUUGACUAGCCAGGCUGGAUAUGGUGCUUACCUAAUGAAUACACAUCUUUCAAGUCUCAGGAAGAUCACUUUUUAACAGUUUAUCCUGUGAUGUGGGCAGGAGUACUUCUAUUUCACACAGAUGUAUGAAAAGGCAUACACUGGCAUACAUGUAUGAAGCAAGAUUUGGUUAGGAUACUUGACACCUGUUCAACAUAGCCUCUAUAAAAUAUGCUUGAAAUAUAUGCUGAAUACAAAUUCACACAAUGGAUUUGAUUUAUGAACUAAACAGUUGCUAACGAGCUAUCUACUGCCAUUAUUAACACCAUUGUGUUUUUUUGUAUUUAGUGGUUGGUAACAAGAAGCAAAUAUAUCACCUCAUGUGGAAAACACCAAUGGGUGUUGGUAUUAAGAUUAGAUUAGAUUGAAAAAGUUGCCAUGAUCUUGUGUUCAACACUUUAAUAUUGCAGUUGUAUCCAAAGGUGAGCAAUUACAGUCAUCAACUUAAAGAUCACAAACAUAUCAAAAAUGUAUAAUUCAGUACAAAAAUCAUAUACAUGUACACCAAUGUAUGUUGAACUUAGACAGCUAUACUUGCCUCAUACUCAAUGUUGCUUUUUUCUAUUCUUAGGUUCCAUGAUAAGUGCCAUGAUUACAUAUGCAUGGCUAAGCCACAGUUUAAAUUUAUUCAGUGAUACUUUUAUAAGACUAAUACCUGCAUUCUUCUGGUUUUUAAGAGACCCAGACAGAACAGAGCAUCAGCAGUGCUGAUCUUGCUUUCCUGAUAUUGUGAAUUGGUGAUAAGGUAACUUUUGCUUAAGCUUUACUAGAUGUUACUAUGAAAUUUCUCUCACAUUUUAUACACUAAAGGCAGUCCAUUGUUUGCAGCAUUGCAGAUUCACUGGCACUAUUUUCAUAAAGUUGAUUUUAUUGUUAUAGAAUAGUUAAUUGCGUUGCUCACAGAUAAAUACAUGUCUUCCUGUUUGUUCAAGGUGAACAAGAAGAAAAAAAUAAUGAGGUUAAUUACUUUCUCUUUAUAGUUAACAUUAACAGUAAACUAUUAAACUGUUUUAACUGUGCUGUGAUCUUUUCACUGUUCCAGGCUUUUUAGUUUUGAAUAUAUAAAUUUAUUUUUUUGUUUGUUUUUUUUUUUUUUUUUUUUUUUAACUUCAGUAAAUGUUUCUGAAACAAGUCAGUCAUUGAUAGAAUCUAUUUAGAUGGAAUGUCCAAUUGUCCAUCCACUCUGUUGCUUUUUAGAAAAAACAAAAACAAAAAAAACAAAAGCAAAUGUGUGAGAUCAUGAGUGUUCUGUUGAGAUCUUUACUGCACUUGGUCACAUGCUACUACUCAUGCUUUGGCACUUGGAUAAUAAUAUUAGGUUCUGUAAAGUAUAGUGAUACAGCUCAUUCAAGUUUUCAUUUGCAGCCAAGGAAUAAGCACAUUGGUAUUUAUAUUGAUACAUGCAUUGUUUUAUGUUGCUUUCUAAUCAUGCACUGAUUAUCGAGCACAUCUUGUAGCUUCAGCUCAUCUUUUGAAAUGGUUUUAGUAAAUACAACAUGGAGACAGAAGAUUUCUUAUUGUAAGUUGCUGGCAUUUUUCAUGAUUUGCUUUUCUUCGGUUUUGGUAUAUACUAUUUAAUUUAGAACACUGCUUUAAAUUAUGCUUAGCAUUUUACUGAUAUUUUUUGUAUUUUAUUUCUUUUUACACUUCACAUUUUAAUAGCCAUAUUUUACCUUAAUUAAAUGCUCAACAAAAUUGCACCACAAAUACAUGGUGGAAUACUAUGUAGAAGAACAUACAGGAUUGUCGCUUUUGGUGCAUGUUUUUUAAAAAAACAAAAACCUACACCAUAUAUUGAGUUUGCUAGAAUACAUUAGUCUUUUUAGCUUUUUUAAUAAACAAAAUGGCUGGAGUCAAAAAUCAUGCUAAUUCUAUGAAUCCCAAGAUACUGAACAAUUGAACAAGUAAAUAGUUAAAGAAAUAACUUGGUUCUCUUUUGGCAGUGAUACAGCUAAUAAAAUUGACUCACAGAGCAUUACAACCCAUCUGAGGAUUGACAUGGUUACUUUUUGCAUUCCUCUGUUUUCAUGCAAAAACGAUUGCAGAAAACGAAAAUGCUUGAGACAGAAGAGUGUGAUUAACCAGGGCUAGGACAUUUGUAACAGUACUAUAUGGUUCAAUUAUAAACAACACAUUGUUGUUCCACUUCAUCCAUGGCUUUGUUACAUAAUCACGUUGAACUUUAAUGAUAAACUUAUUUUGUUAAGUAUUACAUUGGCUAGAGUUUUGGAUAUGUUUUGGAAUUUUACUUGCCAAUGAUAGGUGAAAUGGAAAUGCAAAAACUCAAACGUUGUGAAAGGUAAAACUAAACUGCUCAGCACGUGCAACCAUUUUCAUUGACAUGCAACUUUGCAGGACUGAAAAAGAAUUGCAUGCAUGACCGAGAAAACAAAACAAAACAAAAAAAUGACCAAGAAGUUAUGGGAAAUUCUGGGUGCCAAAAGUCUACAAACGUCUCCUAUGAUGGAUCUAUAAAGGUUUACACAAAAAUCUAACUGGGGAUCAGUGUCACAAUUUUCUAAGUAAUUUACUGUAAUCUCUACUACUUUUUGUAACUUCAUUUCUGGUUUUACAUUUAAAGUAUCACAAUUGGAUAUAUUCAUAAAGUAUUGAUGUGCCAGUAAAUACAUUUAAGUCCUACAAUUUACCAUCAUGCUACUGCUUUAUGAAGAUUUUAUUUUCAUUAUCCAGUGGUUUGUUUCAUUGUAUUUUAAUUUUAUUGUGGCAAAAAGAACAUCUGAAACUCUUUGUAGCAAUACUUCUCUAGAAAUAAGUCAAUAAUAAUGUGUAUUAUUAGAUGCAAUUUUACUAAUUUCUAUCUCAUUGCUGCAUAUUUAAAUUUUUCUUUGGACUAAUGGUAGUGUAGGUUAAUAAUUCUUUCUGAAGUAAGCUUACUGUACAUGCUGAAAUUACAUUAAAAAACAGAUUUAUUCUAUGCAUGGAAUUGUGCUUAAAACCUUGCUUUUGUUACUUUGUGAAUUACCACGUCAUCGACUGAUCAUUUUUAGUAUGUUUAUCAAUGUCUAGUAGCAAAUUCUUGUUUUUAAUUCUAAUUUUAUACUACAACUUGUGUAAUGGCAUUUGCUGUCCUGAACAUUAAUAAAUACUUUUUUUAAUUA